UCGUUCUCUCUCUUGCUCUUUUUUUCUUUUUUUUUCUUUUGUCGGAUACCAUAUAUUAUACGAAAAUCGCAUGAAAACGGGAAAGUUAGCAUCAAUAAACUUCUAAACUCCCUGCUCACGUUAGGUGCCAGGUUUUACAGAAUAGAAAAAUGGAGUCGAGGGGGUGCCAAGAUCUUAAUCUGUCACAUGUUUCAGCCGACAUCUUGUGUGAAUUUCUGGAAGUAGCAGUUCAUCAGAUCCUGUACAUCAGAGAGCUCUAUCCCCUUGGGAUCUUUGAGAGGAAACAGAAGUACAAUGUCCCUGUUCAGAUAUCUCGGCAUCCAGAGCUAAACCAGUACAUUACAGACGCCGUCAUGGGUAUCAAACCACAUGUCAUCAAGGAUGAAGUCCAAUGUGUUACUGUCGUUAUUCUGAAUGCCAAACACAUUCCAGUAGAAAGAUUUGUCUUUGAAAUUGCCAGACCAUCAACAAACAAAAUUGAUAGUAUAGAGAACCGAUUGGAGAGACUGGAGCAGAGUCUCAGAGCUUUCUUGCUGAGGCUUAAUACAUGUGAUGCAGUGCUCCAUUCACUCCCGCAAGAUUGCACAUUCUCCAUACUAGUUUAUACAAAGGGAUCUGCAACAAUGGAGUCACAUGACAAGCAAGUACUACAGGAGUUUCCAUGGAUAGAGGCUGAUGAUCAUAUCUGUAAGAUGGAGAAUUCAACUCUUGUUCCACUCAAAGCCGUCUCAUCGGAUCUCUUGAAGAUGCAGCUCUACGUUGAAGAAGCCCCAUCUAAACUGGAGGUCAGGUGACACCAAGUACUGUGGUCAGGUGACACUAAGUGCUGUGGUCAGGUGACACCAAGUGCUGUGUGUGUAUUGUAGAGGACAUUCCUCCCAGGAAGUGAAUUAUUAUUCUGCUUCCUGACCAAAUGAAAGGGGACCAAUCACGUAGUUAAAUAAUUUGUGUACAGCUAGUAUAUAUAAAAUACACCCCACCCCCUCCCCGACAGAAAUAUAAGACAAAUUACUUGACAUUCUAUGGGUGAAGGAGUAUUAAUGAGCAUGAAGAAAUUGAAUGGAUAUGAUGUAAACCCUGCACACAGAACCCCAGUCCUUUCACAUGUAUGCAUGUAGGGUUGCUGUUGAUUAAAUCUACCCACAAGACACUUUUACCUUCAUUGAGAGUGUUUGUAUACGCACUCAUAACUUUGCAAUUUCUGUCUUUACAGAAUUAAUAUUUGAAGUUGAUAUUUUGAAUAUACUGUAUUGGCAUGAACCCCAAAAUAUUAAGAGCAAAAUAUGUAUUUUUAUUUUUAGUGUGAUUGGUUCCCUUUUGUCGUCUUUCAAUUUUAUAACUCAUUAUUUUGUGUAGUAUAGAGCAAGGAUAUUCUGUUACAUGUAUAUGUAAUUGGGGGUAUUAAAUGCAAAAUAUGCAGGUGGUUCAAGGCAGCCAAGACAAAGGAGUCAUCGACUCUUGUAAAACCAGAAAACAAAUUUUGCUAGCGUGUCAUAUUUCAUGACUCACAACUGGCAAACACUUGCAAAUUGCGAAAGUUCCUUUUUGCAAAAUACGAUCGCUUUGAAAUUCUCAUAAAUGGCCGGGGGCCCGUCGCAGAAAUAGUUGCCAUUGAUGGUAAAGUUACCAUCAAUGGCAACUACCAUGGUAACAGGACUCAACAGCCAAUCAAAAUCAAGGUUUCCAUGGUAGUUACCAUCGAUGGCAAAGUUACCACCAAUGGUAAGUUUUGUGCAAAGGGGCCCAGAUGUUUACCAAUAUGCAAAAAGUUUCGUGUCACCAGAGUUUCUGGGUUUACUUCAAACUCUUCCCCUAUUGUCCAUCUAUUCUUCCAAAUCUAUCGUCAUCUGUGUCCUCUUCUCACUAUUCCAUUGUCAUCUUUUAUAUCUUUCUUCUUAUUCUUCCUUUUCUAGGUAAUAAUCUACAAUACAAAAUACAGUAUAUGGUUACCUCUUGAUAGUAAUAGAGAUUUUGUAACCACUUUAUGCAUUUUUUAUGUUCUGAAAUAUAUGUAUAUACUUGGUAUUAUAUUUUGUCAAAAGUUUAAAUACGCAAAUGUGGGUAGAGAGGAGAAAAUGGAGAAAGUGGGUACCAGAUUGUCUUUCAUCAUGGUUUUCUCUUUCCAACUGUUGAAUAUUAUUUUCCUUUAUGUGUCUGUACAGUCUGAACAUUGCCAGAGAUUUUUGUUUCUUUUUUUAUCAAGUGCCAGAAAGAUUUAUACACGGUUGACAAUGAAGACUAGAGAUGUAUGUAUGCUAUAGUGUUCUAUGAUAGCUUUUGUUUAUAAAUUGGUAAAGUUUGACAUUCAAACCAGAUGCAUGUAUAAAUAGGGUAUUGUUGUCAUAUUAAAGCUUUAAACGUGCACCUGAAGUUGUCAUGCAACCCAAAUUUUCUAAAAUAUAAUUCAAUAAUAAUAAUAUGCUAAUAUGAUAUAAAUAUAUGUAUAUAACAAUGAACAAUAAUAGUUCCUAACCCUUAUUCAUAUCACAAUGCACUCUCUCCUUCAGAGUCAUUCUUUAGCCCCGGUACAUCCAAAAAGGGAGGGGGGCAUGGGCAGAACCCCCCCCCCCCCCCAACCUGUAAUGACAUUGUCAAAAAACUUAAUCUAAUGUUUAUCAAUAUAUGAAGAGGUGGCAUUAAUAUGGUCUUCAGAUAUUUUCUGAAUGAGAUGGCAGCUCUCUUUUCCAUAGCCGUGUUACAGGAUCUUGUAGCUAAUAGUCAAUAGGUCAAAGGGCAAAGUUAUUUUAAUUAUGUCGCAGCCAGCCCUUGAUUCCCUUCCUUUUUUAGAUCUUGGCUGCAGAACAAUUAUGAAUAGUGAAAAAUGUUGUAGUUAAGAAAUAAUACAUUAUAGCCUUUAAUGAAGAGGCAUUCUUAUAAUGCCACAUGAAAUUACAAUCAGUAAAAUUAGAGUUAUCUUUAAUCAAAAUGGAAUUCUGUAAUUUGUGCUAAAAGUAAUGCAAGUGAUUUUCUCAUAUGCCUACUUUGUAAAUGUCACGUAGGUCAAUUCUGCAUCUCUUCCUCUUUUCAUACGAUGUCAUAAUGAGAAUGUUUCUUUACAAACAGUUAAAUAAAAGAGAGGAUUUCAAUGAAUGAAUCUGUACUUACUCAUAUUUUGAAGAGUUCUAAAGAAAAGCUUUAUAAUGUAGCAUUGUUCUCCAUAUGUUAUGAAUGCUAUGUAUUCAUUUUAAAACUAUACAUGUUGAUUGUGUCAGAGUACUGGCAUGUAUGUUUAUCUUUACAAAAAAUUAAAAGUUUCUGUUAUAUUUUUAUUCUAUGUCUUCCAAGAAUCAGUUAUAAAAAGCUGUUUGUAUAUUCAAGAAUAUAUAAUAAAAAAUGCUUCUUGAAAAUGA